AGCGAAUGCGGAAAUCAAUCGAGAUCUCGUUGUUAUUCAGGACCCUACACUUUGAAUUAAAAAUAAUAUUAAAAUGUAGGCUGACGCACGUGUGUUACUGUAUUUUUCCUCUUAUGCUUUAGUUUGUUUAUCAACUUCAGUGUGUAAUGUUCUGACCAUGACGUGUGAUACUACGGCUAAAUUAAAUGGCAAAGUGGUUGUGGUGACUGGUGGAAGCUCAGGGAUGGGCUUCGAAGCUGCUAAAGAUCUAGCAAAUCGUGGAGCCAGAGUCAUCAUCGCGAGCAGAAACGAAACCAAACUAAAAGCAGCUCAAGACCAAAUCAUAGAAGCAACCGGUAAUCACAAUGUUGCAUACAAAACUGUGGACUUGGGAUCCCUUCAAUCAGUGAGGAAUUUAGCGAGUGAACUGAAUGCUGAAGAUCAAAUAAAUGUGCUGAUAAACAAUGCAGGAGCUGUGGCACUUCCAGACCGACUCACGGCUGAUGACUUGAAUCUUACAAUGCAAGUAAAUUACUUCGGGGCUUUCCUACUUACGUUUCUAUUGCUGCCUAAGUUGAAAGCAUCAGCGCCGAGUAGGAUCGUGAACGGUAUUGGAGGAGCAAUGUAUCUUGGUGAAAUAAAUUUUGAUCACUGGAAUGACAUUGGACGAUAUGAUAUAAUAACAGCAUUAGGGAGUUCUAAAUUGGCAGUUGAUUUGUUCACUGCGGAGCUGGACAGACGGUUGCAGGAUACAGGAGUGACUGCUAAUGCUUAUGAUCCAUUUGUGGUACGAGACACGAGUAUAUUGGCGAAUAUUCCAGGGCUUGUGCAACAUGUUUCCAAAUUUUUUAUAAACAUAAUUGGACAGAGGAAGGAAGAUGUUGGUCAUGAGAUAGCUUAUUUAGCGGCUGCGCCAGAGAUGGAAGGUGUUAGUGGGAAUUUGUACAAAUUCUGUAAUCAGUUCAAGAAUCAUUGGUUGGUGAAUGACCAUCAGUUGACGAAACGUUUGUGGGACGAGUCGAAGAAAGCUGUGAAGAUAACCAAGGAUGAAGACUGGGAAGCCAGUGAUAGUGUUUAAGUGAUUGUGUUUAAUUUAAGCAUGUAUUGUGUAAACUAAUAAGUAAGUAUAGGAUAGGACACUAGUAGCCUUUCGGACAUUCAACCAUUCAAUACGUAGGUAUUGUAUUUACUGCCACACUCAGAAUCAUUUAAUGAUUACUUAAUCUAGUCCUUAGCAAUUGUUUUGGGAACAAAAUCAAUACUAAAGAAUAGUUCAAGUAAUCGUUAAAUGUCUCGGAGUACGGCAGUUAGUGACAUGUUUUAAUCAUUGUAAUCAAACGCCUCUUGAAUUUUAAUUUUUUUUUUUAACAUUUAAUACAGGCUAUAUGUAUGUGCAUUAAUUAUAUUUCUGUUUGUUUUUCCGGGUCAUUGUACAAUGAGUGUAAUGAAAAGUAUAGAAUAUGUGAACGCACUAACUGAAAUUGAGUUUUCUCUAGUCUAAGAUUUGCAUCUUCUCUGAUUCUGAUAUUGCUAUCAGAAUCAAAACUAAAUAUUAUUGUAACAACUUUAAAUAAUACUACAUUCAUAGUUUUGUUAAAUAACAUUAAUACGCAAAACAUUAGUAAUCACGCGUAAAUUACAUUAUACCUACCAGGAAAUCAUAAAA